GGCGAGGGCCAGCUCCAGUCUCCCUGAGGGCCCCCGGGGGCUGGCGUUGGGAGCGCCCCUUGCUGCCCGUUUGACUGAGCCAUUCCCUGCAUUGCUGUGUGUUUGUUUGUAUGCCUUCCCCUCUCAUUCUCUCUCAGACUGGCUCUUCUGUGUUUAUUGUUUUAUGUACAGCGCUGUAUAAAUUAAGAAGAAUAACAAUAAAGAGGAUUGGCAUUUAUUUGGCUGCGCCUGGGUCCAGAGCGCAGGCGCCGCCUUGCCUUGGCCCCGGAGGAGGAUGCUGUGUGCCAGGGCUCCCCACUGAGACUCGUGUCCUUCAACAACAACAACAAGCGACACCCAGGAAAAGCAGAGCAGUCUUCACACCUCGGGACUUGGUCCGGGAAACCCAUUCACCCCAAAUGCCCCCGCAUUCCCUGCACAGAAAGGAGGCUUGUCCUGCACAAAGAGAUGGCUUUUGCGCAGCAAACACUUUUUCUGCACAGAAAAGCCGUACUUUUCCAGCGCAUGGUUUUUCCCAGAGGAGCAGAGCCUCAAGGGCCCAGGGGCCCUUCCAUUCUUGCAGAGCAGGGAGAAAGCCACUCACAUCCUUCAUCCUUGGCAUCCUUGGCAGCAGAGCAUCAGGGAGGGAGGCACUUGGUGGCGCAGUCAUGUCCCCAGAGGCCUGGGCCACGCUUGGAAGGUGCCUCAGCCCUUUGGUGCAAAGUUUUCCCGUCCCUCCAGUGCUGGGCGGAGGCUGCGGUGCCUGGCCUCAAAGACACCUUGCCUACUUCUCUGAGCAGGGAAUUCUGGGUUGCACACGCACACCUUUCACACAGGUUUGUGCCAAGAUGCCUCUUGUUCUGCCAGGGCUCCAUUUUCCAUCCAUGUGGGAGCUUCCCUGCCCUGGAGGGGUGGAGGGCCUGCCUCCUUCGGGGUCCAGCCGCUGCCAUCACUGCCACCCAGCCAGCUCCUCCGUUGCAUCUCUUGUUCUGCUUUCAGCCGGAGAGGGCUGGCACCCGGCCCUGGUCAGGAUCAGUGGCCUCUGGGGAGCUCCUGCUUGCCCUCCAGGGCCAUGGGGCUCUCCUGCGGAGGACCUUCCCGCUGGGCCUGCAAGGCCGACAGCCUGACCCCUGGCCCUGGUGGGGGAAAGGGGGAGAAGGUGAGGGGGAGAAAGACCAUGGAGGAAGAACCCAGCCAGCCAAUGUUGCAGUCCCUGGGUUUUAUUAGGGCCCCCACCGCCUGCUCCCUGGGAAGGCACUAUGCACAGGGAAUAGGGGCCAGGGGCCAGCGGCUACCACAGUACCCCCCCCCCUGCCACACCUGCCCCCAAGCAGAGUUAAGAGCAACGCUCCCAAAACGUGAGUGCAUUUCAAAUAAAGUUACACACUCUCCUC